AUGCCGACAGAACUAGAAGAGCUUGUCGAGUUUUUACACCAUGGCAACACGCAGAUCCGUCAGGCUGCUGCCGAACACCUGGUCGGAUAUACGCAAACAGACCUGCCACUUUUCAAGCGCAAUCAACUAGAACCUGUCAAGGAUCUCAAAUUGCUGGUCAAGGACUAUGCACCGAUUGCCAAGAAUGCUUUCACCAUGCUCAUAAACAUCUCCUCAGACAAGGAGGUUUUCCAAGCACUUGCCCAAGACGAUGCAUUCCUCGAGGUUUUAUUGUCGCGCAUCACCAGCCCCAAAGAGCCUAAUGCGAAUGAAAUCGCCAUGCUUCUCGCCAAUAUGGCCAAGGACGACUCGCUGCAGCGUGUACUCGAGCUCAAACGCGAUAUACCCAAGGAGCUGUCCAAAUCAGCGUGGGCAAUGGACCAGCUCAUGGACUGCUUCGUGAAGGGCGCAGAGGGCGCUUACAACAAGCACGCCGACUUCGACUACCUGUCAUACUUUUUCGCCGACUUGGCCAAGUUUCCCAAGGGUCGCGAGUACCUGACGACGCCAUCGGAGCAUGACUCCAACAUAAUACCCAUCACGAAGAUCCAAGUCUUCACAGACCAUGCAUCGCACAUAAGACGUCUGGGUGUGGCAUCUGCUAUCAAGAACGUCGCCUUUCACGUCCCAGCACACCCGGUCCUGAUGUCGAACUUGAACCCAGACCCAAACCUAACACCUCCAUCGAUAGGAGCUAACCUCCUUCCGUACAUACUACUACCGCUCAUGGGCCCAGAAGAGUACCCGGACGAGGACACAGAAGGCAUGCUCGACGAGUUACAACUACUCGAACCAGAUAAGGAGCGGGAAUCCGAUGUUGAGAUUGUAAAAACACAUCUGGAGACAUUGCUGCUCUUGUGCACGACAAGAGAGGGUAGGGAUGUGUUGCGUAAGAUUAAGGUCUAUCCCAUUGUCAGGGAGUGUCAUUUGCAUGCCGAGGAUGAAGGUGUCCAAGAGGCGUGUGAUCGGGUAGUCCAGAUCAUCAUGCGGAAAGAGGAAGGUGAAGAGGAAGAUAUCCCAGAUAUGAGCUCUGCGGGUGGUGGUAAACUGAUGGAGCUUGAGAAUGAUGAAGACGAUGAAGAGGAGAAGAUUGUUGAAAUCCUAUAG